GUUCCUCUACACUCCACAAAUCUUCCCUGCUCCCGCCUAAUUUCACUCAUCAAAGUCACCAGAUCAACAAGCAAUUCUUAUUCUUUUUGCUAACAUGAUAGAAAUUCCUUACAUGCCAACAUGAUAGAAAUUCCUUACAUGCCGCCACAAAUUGCGACUCUCUCGUGUACAAGUUCAAGAAAAUUAUACAGACAAAAGAACACGACUCUAUCAAUAGACACCACAAGAUAAUACAAAAGUGACAACAUGACCAAUUUAUAAAUGAUAAGACCUUUAUAAUAAAAACAUAUAUGUGGCUCUAUCAAUCUCAUCAAACCGUUAAUCAAUUGCAGUUCAUAUUUUUCACAAUCACACCAAAAAAUUUCCCCUACUCGCCUAAUUAAUUCAAUCGUCAAAGUUGUUAAUAACUGAUAGAUGAUCCAUAAUUGAACCUCUUGCAACAAGUCGAGUUAUUAGCAUAAUAUUAAACAUUUAUGUGUGAUGUUUUAUUUGGAAUUUGAUAACCAUAUUUAUUAAACACAUCAGAUUCAAACAUAUACAUACAUAAUAUUAAACUCACAAGAGAAACAAGCCGUUGUUGUUCUUUUACAAUGCGUGAUGAGAGAGAGAUACAAUUUACCCAAAAUUAAUAUUAAACCGAUGGAUGGGAUCGGAUAUAUGGAGAAGGGAGAAAACGGUGGCCUUCAAUUCAAUUUUAGGGAGGGGUGCUUAUAGUUAUUGUACACACGGCUCUGCCUGCCUCAUUACGUUGUGUUUGGAAUUUCGGCCCUUUGCAUGUGAUGAAUGAUGAUAUCAUUUCCACAACGGAAUUGAAAUUUUCCCAAAUAUAUAAUUUUGGCCACACCCAGACCCAGCUGUGUGAAGCCAAGCACCAACGAGAAUUAACCUGCAUCCAUCGAAUCUUCACCCAACCAAAAAUAAAUGUUUGCUGUAGUGAGUGGUAGGUGACUGCAAUUCCCAUUUACUUAUUUAAUUUACUCCCGUUAAACCCCCAGUGACAGUGAAGUGAUUAUUACUCUAUGAAUUACACACCAAUUUUAGGUAUAUCCUAGGGCCAGACGUCCACAAUAGCCACAGCUUGUAUAUUAUGCAGAUUCCAUUAUAAAAAAAAGUGAGAUUCAAAAAUUAAAAAAACAAACUUCUAAACAAUAAUAAUUUGUGGUUUAACGAACAAGUUCGUAUUUUGCAAAGUAUUUGUUAGGAUCAUGCAUGAUACUUGUAAAGGUAUCAUUAGUCCCAACAAGAUUGAAAUUGACACCCAGAUUAAAUAAUGCACUGGUCAAUUAAAUUUUUUUUUUCUUUAAUCCUUCAAAAUAGUGAAUUAGACUUUUCCUAAAUUUGUUACUUUGUUUGUUUGUUCUUCCAAUUCCGAAAGGGGCAAUAUUGGAAAUUAAGGGAGGCGGCCAGGAAGAGAGUGGGGGGAAAGGAAAAUUGAGCUGCAUGAGGGACACGCAUAUAGAGAGAGGCAGAGACACCGCAAUACAGAGGCCGACGCUUGGCGGGUGUAAUGUAAGUAACCAUUCUCUACCAAUUGUUCACCGUCGUCACCCCUCCUCGCCUCCAUCCCUUCUUCUUUCUUCUCUCUUUAAUCUAUUCUAUGGCCUUCUUUCUAGUUCGAAUCUAGCUAUAGCUGCUCUCAACUAGACUUAACUAACUUCUAAAGCGAGAGAAAAAGAAACGGUCCAAAAGAAUGAGAGAGGAGGUGAAGAGGUUCUGCAGCUCUGCAUGUAGGCUCUCUUCUUCUUCUUCUUCUUCCUGUUCAUCCAACUCAACGAGACUGCUGUGGGUUUUGGUCCCCUUGAUUCUGGUCUCCGGCCUGCUCUCCAAUUUCGGCCCCACCCUCCCCGCCUUGCACUUCUUGUCAGCUUCUUCCCCUGCCAAUGAGACCGCUAGUAGCAGGGGAGGAGGGAUGGUGGUUGUCGGCGGCGGAGGGGAAGAGAAGAAAGCAAUCUCCGACGAGUUACCUCUCCUCAAUCGGUCAUCUUCCCCGCCGGUUUCCGUCCGUGAGGUUCUUGAUUUCCAGGUCCAACAACCAUCGAACGGAACAGAGGACGAAGACGUGGAUUUGGAAUUCUUGACAGCCUCCGGUCCGGCGGCUUCCCCGGCGCCUGGUGCGGACUCUGAAGCAGUGAACGGAACUCUGGAUCUCCAGUUGGGGAAGAGGCGGCGGAAGGAGAUUACCAAUUUAGACAAGGUGGAAGCUGGCCUACAACAGGCUCGUCUUGCAAUUAAGGAGGCCAAAUAUGGAAACCAAACCCUUGAGGAUUCUGACUAUGUCCCCGCUGGCCCUAUGUAUUGGAACGCCGGAGCUUUCCACAGGAGCUACAGAGAGAUGGAGAAGCAGUUCAAGGUAUUUGUUUAUGAAGAAGGGGAGCCUCCUGUGUUUCACAACGGUCCUUGCAAGAGCAUUUACUCCAUGGAAGGGAACUUCAUCCAUAGAAUGGAGAUCGACCCUCAGUUUCGUACCAGAGACCCCGAGAAGGCCCAUGUCUUCUUCCUUCCAUUCAGCGUCGCCAUGUUGGUUCAGUUCGUCUACAUACGGGACUCCCACGACUUUGGUCCCAUUAGGAGGACCGUGACCGACUAUGUAGACCGUGUCGCGGAGAAGUACCCUUACUGGAAUCGAAGCCUUGGCGCCGAUCAUUUCAUGCUCGCCUGUCACGAUUGGGGGCCGGAGACAUCAUUCUCAGUUCCACUCCUCGGCAAGAACUCGAUCCGCGCACUAUGUAACGCCAACACCUCCGAGCGAUUCAACCCUGUCAAGGAUGUGUCCUUCCCGGAGAUCAACCUGCGAACUGGGACUACCAACGGCUUCAUCGGAGGCCCCUCUCCUUCAAAACGUUCCAUCCUUGCCUUCUUUGCUGGAGGUGUCCACGGUCCCAUUCGCCCCGUUCUUCUCAACCACUGGGAGAACAAGAAGGACCCCGACAUCCGAGUCCACCAGUACCUCCCCAAGGGCAUCUCAUACUACGACAUGAUGAGGCAGAGCAAGUUCUGCCUCUGCCCCAGCGGGUACGAGGUUGCCAGCCCUAGAGUCGUCGAGGCCAUCUACGCUGGCUGUGUGCCGGUACUAAUCUCGGACCACUACGUCCCGCCAUUUAGCGAUGUGCUGAACUGGAAGUCGUUCUCGGUGGAGGUUCCGGUGGGAGAGAUACCGAAUCUGAAGAGGAUACUGGAAGGGAUAUCGUCCAGGCAGUAUAUAAGGAUGCAAAGGAGGGUGCUGCAGGUGAGGAAGCACUUCGAGGUGAAUUCGCCGCCGAGGCGGUAUGAUGUUUUCCACAUGAUAUUGCAUUCGAUUUGGUUGAGGAGGUUGAAUGUGAGGAUCCAGGGUGGCGAAUUCGCUAUCACCAGAUGAUGAUAAUGAAUUCGAUCGUCUUCUUAUCAAGAUUUUGGUUUCUAUGUAGAAAGUGUAAAUGUUAAUUUGGUGAAAGAAUGGAAGCAUAAUGUAUCAUGAGUUAUGUAGUAUUGCUUCAAGCAUUGUUCUAUUAAUCAUUGUGAAAGGUUAUAUGCAACCAAGGUAUCAAUACAACAUCACAGUCGUGUGUUCUAGUCUUGGAAUUCAAAAUCAAAGGCUUCAACGAAGCAGUACGAUUUAAUACUCGUAUUCUCUGCAUAGCAAUGUGACCUAACGAGGGUGUGUUGUAAGCCACAAUGGCACACACUUCUCGUCUAUUAAGAGUGUAUUUUAUUAGUUAUAACUAGCAAAAGCCUGUUUGCUAUCGCUUCGCGUAUUAGAAAAUAAAUAUUAGAAAUAACAAUAGAAAUAACAAAAUAAAUAUUAGAAAUAACAAUAGAAAUAACAAUAGUUUUAGAAAAUAAAUAUUAGAAAUAACAAUAGUUUUAAUGUUGAUCCAAAAGUAGAAAAUAAAUAUUUUAAAUAAUAAUAGUUUUAAUAUUGAUCCAAAAGUGAAAGUAAUCUUAUUUCAUUCCUAAUUAUUCUUUCCAUAGGUUUGUUAUUUAUAAUAGCAUAUGGUCGAUUAACUUGCAUAAGGUAGAAGGAUCAUCGAAUAGAUUAUUUAUGUUUAAACUUCAUUAAUGACGCUAACGUUUCAAUUUGUAUGACUAGAAGUUGAUCCCGUCGUAACUUUUGUAGAAUGAAGCAGCUUUUCGAGAUCUUUUCAAAAAGUAUUUUAAAAAAACUGUUGACUGUUUAGCUGAAAAACUAUCAGAAUUACUUCUAAUAUAAGAAGUAAUGGAAAAUGACUAAAAAGGAUUUCUAACAUAAAAUAUCAAUACAAAUUCUAAAAACAAAAAAGUAUUUAAAAUGGAUCACGUUAGAUUUAUUUCACAUUAAAUGAUAAUAUUUUUCAAUUUCUAACAUAAAAUAUCAAGACAAAUUCUAAAAAUAAAAAAGUAUUUAAAAUGGAUCACGUUAAAUUUAUUUCACAUUGGAUGAUAAUAUUUUUCAAUUUUUUUUAUAAUUAUAUAAAUGAAAGAAAAUUGUGUUUUCUAGAAAAGUAAUAAUAUAUGGUAGUGGUACGCUACCAAUAGCGUACCACUACCACUGAUAGCAUUACUAGUAUGCUACCGCUGCUCACUGGUACGUACUAGUGACUAGUGAUAGUUUUUGCGUAAUAGUAGUGUUAGUGGUACACUACCACUACCAUGUACCAAAUGGUAGUGGUACCAAAUGAUAGUGGUACGCUACCACUACCAGGUACCAGAUGGUACUAGUACCAAAUGGUACUAGUACCAAAUGGUAUUGGUACGCUACCACUAGCUCUGGACUGGUACCAAAUGGUACUGGUACGCGUACCACUAGCGCACUGACGGAGUGAUAAUUUUUUACAGGUGCCCGGAGCGAGUCUGAUUCAAGGAUUUCGCCGGAGAAAGUCUGUCGGUCGAAAAGUCAGCCGGUCAGAGUAGAGUGGCUACUGGAAAAGAAAAAGAGAGAUAGAAAGAGAGAGUUGUAUUUAUUGUAGGAUUUAAAUUCUUAAAAAAACAUGUAUUUAAUAUGAGUUUUUAAUUCCCAAUUUAUAAUUUAUACAAAAAAUUAAUUAAUAAAAUCGUUUUUUUGUCAUGCCCAAAAUGCCUUGGUUGUGAACAAUGGUUCUGAGUUCAAUUGUCAUCCUUAACUAAAAGGAAAAUGAGAAAUAAAAAAAUAUUAAAGCGUACAAAACUCACUUUCGAUCUAAAACUGGUCAACAACGUGUUCAACUCGUUUUGAACAAUUUUUUAACAAAUUAGCGCUUGUUCC